AUGGGUCAGCACGUGCGGCUCUCGGGUCUGAUGCAUCUGAAUCUCCUCGGUAAUUUCUCCCGAGGGAUGCAACAUGUUUCCUUUUCUUUUCUCUUUUUUCCCACUCUAUUUACCCAUCUCAAAUGAGAUGGAAGUAAAUUAGAUGCCCUGUUCAUAUCUAAAUUUCGCUGUGCAAACUUGGAGAUUGGAAAAUUAUUGCACUCAUGUGGAUUGGAUGACGCCGUCUUCCCCAUGCAGAGGCGCUGUUCUUCCAGUGCCGCCGCCGCCGGGAAAGAACGGUGGCUCUGGUUUCUCUUUCAGGUCGGAGGAACGUGCAGAGAAACGGAAGGAGGUGUGUAUAUCAUUUACUCCCGACAUCUUUUUCCGGUGGAGUUUAUCUAGGGAUAGUUUCUAAUUUAGGUGAUAUUUAAUCUUCAACGUGAGCCGCAGUUCUUCCAGAGGCUGGAGGAGAAGUUUCAGGCGAUAGAAGCGGAGAAAACCGACCUGGAGGCGAGGUCAAAGGUCAAUUGCUGACUCCAACACUCCUCGAGGAGAACCUGCUUUUGGACUCCGCGUAGCGGGGAUAGUUGACUUUCCCGCUAUCUUUGGGUGGUGUAGGAGAGCCAGGAGGCCGAGAUCAAAGAGCUCAGGAAGCGAUUGAUAUUCAAGGCGGCGCCCAUGCCAAGCUUCUACAGAGAGCCUCCCCCGCCGAAGGUUGAACUGAAAAAGGUAGGUAGUUGA